GUUUUCCGACGAAACUGCCGACGUCAUGGAUGAGGGAACGCCAUCUCGUCCUUCCUCCACGCCGAAAGCCCCCAGGCCCCAACGAACCCAGGACCACUAGCUGUGCGCUUUGCAUCGCACUGCUUGCACUAGGAGCGCAACCACCCCACGUGUUCAGUGUUGGCAAGUUGGUGGUUGGACGAUGGAAGUUCCAAAUCGCGCACCCUUCACGUCGUUUGUGUUGCGUGGGUGCGCACGGCACGUUUCGUGGAUCAUCACCAGCAGAAAUGGCAGGGGCAGUCGUUACGUGUUGCUGGAUCGAGUGUGUCCCGAUCGACGAACUUACAGUGUCCAAAUUGCGUCCGACUGCCACCAGAUCGCUCCAAGAAUGAAAGUCCUUGCCACCGCGACGGCUGCAGUGCUGGCCCCACUAGCCCUCGGUUCGUCUGCGGCAAAGCUCAAGUCGGUCGUGUAUUACAUGGAAUGGGCAAUCUACCAACGCAACUUUGGUAUUUUCGACUUGGACUGGUCCCGCAUCACGCACGUCAACUACGCCUUUGGUCGACCGCGAGCGGAUGGUACGAUCGACUUGUACGACACGUGGGCCGCCACAGACAAACGCUUCCUUGACCAUGGCGACUCGUGGAACGACGUUGGGAAGAAUGUGUAUGGCAGUUUUGGUCAAGCCAACAAGCUCAAGAAAAAGUUCCGUGGUACAAAGUUUGGGCUCUCCAUUGGUGGGUGGACGUUGAGCGACAAGUUUAGCGACAUCGCCGACUCGGACGUUGGUCGCCGGACCUUUGCACGCAGCGCGGUCACGAUGAUGCUGAAUUUGGGUCUGGAUUUCAUCGAUUUGGACUGGGAAUACCCCGUCGAAGGGGGGAACCCUCAGCCCGCUGUGCCCCAUCGCGCCAACGACAUUGCAAAUUACGUUGCGCUCCUCCAAGCCAUCCGAGAUGAGUUCAAAACGCUGUCGUUCAAGGCCGAGCUCAGCAUUGCGUCCCCCGUCGGGCCGGAAAAUUACCGGCAUUGGGACUUCAAUUCGCUCUGUGGCCUUGUUGACCACGUCAACGUGAUGGCGUACGACAUGGCUGGCAGCUGGAGCGAAUACACCGACCACCACGCCAAUUUGUACGAGGACCCGUCGCACCCCGCGGGCCUCAAGUACAGCGUAGACAACGCCAUUCAAGACUACAUCAAGCGCGGGUGUGACCCGGGCAAAAUUGUGCUCGGUAUGCCCCUCUACGGGCGAUCGUUUGAGAACACAGAUGGACUGUACUCGACGUUUUCACCUCCGUCGAACCAAGGAUCGUGGGUCGCUGGGAACGGCGACGGCGCCGGCGUGUGGGACUUCAAGGCGCUGCCCCUUCCCGGGGCGACAGAGUACUACGACACCAAGCUCGUCGCGGCAUACAGCUACAACCCCGACACUCGCACGUUCGUGUCAUACGAGUCGCCUCUGAGCUUAGAAGCGAAGCUCGCGUACAUUCAAAAACACAAGCUUGGCGGGGCCAUGUUCUGGGCCGGCGAUGCCGACGCCGCCGCGGGCUCCGCGCGAUCCCUCAUCACACAAACAUUCAACACGUUUGGCAAGGAUAACAUGGACUUUCACGAAAACAACCUCGACUAUCCCACGUCCCAAUUCGACAACAUCCGCAACAGUUCCAACGUGUCUCCUCAAGUCACCCGAUCUGUCCCCACAACCACCAAGCCCCCCGCCGCUGCCCCCCAACGUGCCCCUGCAACAGUCGCUGCCACCACAUCCACCUCAAAUCUUUGCGACAGCAAGCGAAGCAUGUGCAUUUGGCCACUCACUAAACAAGUCGUACCGUACGGACAGAGAGAUUGCAAGGCGGUUGCUGCAUUUGUGUGGUGCCCGUAGGUGGGACUUGCCCCAUUGCCAUGCAUGUGUCAUUCAAGAAAUACUAUAUAAAACGUUGAAACCCAAA